AUGCCACCACAGCUAUUACCAGCCUCGGCUGCCGCCUUUGCUCCCCGCGCAUCCUCGGUCAACGUCGUGCUGGGUUCCAAGGUCGAGCCAUGGCUGACGCAGACGCUCAAGCGCAUAAACAAGAUCAAGCGCCCGCUCAACAGCGUACCGCAACACCAGAGAUGCCUGACCGAGACGCUGUCGUCACCAAACGCCAUUUGGACCCUGGCGUCUUUGCUGCUGCCAAAGGCGCCCGAGUCGGAGCUGAGGAAGGACUCGGAUCCGCUGGUGGAGGCCCUCUUCAACUACCAGAUGAUCCACCUCGAGGCCUACAUCGUCCACGUCGACAUGGUGCUGAGGAACGAAGUCGCCUACAAGCUCACGCCUGAGACCAUCGAGACGCUCAUCGAGUACCACAAGGACAUCUACUGCGUCGAUGCGAAAGCCAACACGUACGACUGGUCCGAGAAGGAGCAACAGUGCAAGAAGCUGCACGAGGAUUUCGUCCAGGCCGUCAACAAGUUUGUCUUCAGGACCCAUGUGUCAGCGCUUGAGGGGCUCGAGGAAGAUGGUGCCGGGGAGUUGCUCGGAGGGAAAAGUGAGGAGGUCAAGAACGGCAUCAUGGGUCUGAUCAAGCCCUUGCUACCGCCCCCGCCCAGGAUUGUCGACGUCGUCCGCCAGCCGCCACUCCUGCCCAAUUCACCCGCCGGCGCCGCUAUCUGGUCUCAGGCCCCGCCACCGGUGACCAUGCCCGGCCCAGUUGAGUCGUGGAAGAUCCUCCCCUCAAGCCCGAGCGUAGCGUCGACCUCGGCCGACUCAAAUGCGUCCAUCUGGGCGACGAUUGGAAUGAGCGAGGUCCAGCUGCCUUCGCCGCCACCUGCCUUCAGCCAACCUUACUCGACUGCAGGGCUGUACUACAGCUCACCUGUGGUGACGGCGCCUAUCCCGCAACUUCCGCUGCCGAGCAUGCUUGCGCCGCAAUGCGGUAUCAGUGUGGGAUAUAACUCGUUUGGAGGUUGGGACACGCGGUUCCAGGAGUAUGCGACCACCAUGUGA